AUGGCGUCCGACGAGAUUAUUUGGGGCAUUAUUGACAAGCAGUUUUGCUCGUAUAAGCUCAAAGCACCGAGCGGCCAGAACUUCUGCCACAAUGAAUACAACGUCACAGGUUUCUGCUCGCGGCAGGCCUGUCCGCUGGCCAACUCACGAUAUGCCACCGUCCGCGCCAACCCAGAGACCGGCCGUUUGUACCUGUACAUGAAGACCGUCGAGCGUGCCCAUCUGCCGUCGAAGCUGUGGGAGCGCAUCCGCCUCUCCCAAAACUACGCCGAGGCCCUGCAACAGAUCGACGACCGCCUCAUCUACUGGCCCAAGUUCCUGAUCCACAAGAACAAGCAGCGGCUCACGCGCCUCACGCAGGUCGCCAUCCGCAUGCGCAAGAUUGCCAAGGAGGAGGCGCGGCUCGGCGAGACGACGGUGGCCAAGCUGGCGCCCAAGGUGCGGCACCGCGAGCGGGCGCGCGAGCGCAAGGCCGAGUCGGCGGCGCAGCUGGAGAAGACGAUUGAGCGCGAGCUGCUGCAGCGGCUGCGGUCGGGCACGUACGGCCACGAGCCGCUCAAUGUGAGCGAGACCAUCUGGAAGAAGGUGCUGACGGCGAUGGAGCGGGAGGACGGCGCGACGCGCGACAAGGACAUGGACAAGGGCAUUGAGGAGGAGGAGGAGGGCAGCGAUGACGAUGACGAGGAGGAGGAGCUCGAGGAAGAGUACGAGGGCGUCAAGACCAAGAAGGCGACGCGGCAGGCCCAGUCGCUGCGGCAUGGUGAGGAUGCGGACGACCUGUCCGACGGCGGCGACGUGGAAUACGUCAGCGACUUUGACGAGAGCGACGAAGAGGUCGGGGACAUUGAAGACUGGCUUGGCGAGGGCUCGGUCGACGAUGACGACGAUGAGGAAGAGGACGACGACGAUGAGGACGAAGACGAGGACGACGAGUCGGGAGAGGAAGAGUCCGACGACGACGGCAAGAAGAAAAAGUACAAGGUGAAGCUGAUUGGCGACAAGCGCAAGCGCGGCCGCGUCACGCGCAUGAAGCCGUCCAAGAAGGCCGCCACCAAGGAGAAGGUGAAGAUGGUCGUCGACUACACGAACCGCAACAAGCACGCCGAGGCGGAGUCUCUGAGCUUCUAA